CUUCUUCUUCUUCUUCUUCUUCUUCUUCUUCAGUUUUUGGUGUUAAAAUCAAAGAUCAGAAUCUUUUAGCUAUUGGGGUUUUGAUCCAUACCUAAAAAGGGUAAAACCUGAUGUGGGAGAUUUUGAAAAAAGGGGCAUUGGUGGUGUUUGGGGGAGUUUGUUUGGGUUUGAUUGAGAUUAGUGGAUUUCUGAUGUACAGUUCAGAUUUCUUUUUGUGUAUCUGGUGUUUCUUAUCAUAGGAUUUGGAAAAGGGGUUUGCUUUGAUUCUUCUUUUAGAGCAGUUUUUAUGAUGGGUUUGUUGGUUUCUUGAAGGAUAACCUCCAAACAAGCUUUUGUUCAUCAGUUUCAGUUUGGAUGAUUGUUCUCAGGGUUCCAAUUUGAGUUGGGUUUUUUAGGGUUUGUAUAAUUUGUUAUUGGGUUCUAAGAAAUCUAAGAUAUGAUCAAGCAGAUACUUAGUAAGGUUUCCAGGAAACAGUCCAAAUCAUCAAAAAAUCAAGAAUCUUCAGGCAAUUUAACCCCUAAUCUAUCAUCAUCUACUUCAAAGAGAAGUGAUGUUGGAAGUGGGAAUUCAAGAAAGCUUGUGAAUGCCGAUAUUUCUUCCCCUUAUUCGGUCUCGUCAAAUCCUAGAUUCAAUCAGAGCGAAAAGAGUUUUCGCAAUGGUGUUACUGUAAAUGCUUCUUACGAAGCUUUACCGGGCUUUAGAGAUGUCCCGAGUAGCGAAAAGCAGAAUUUGUUCAUAAAGAAGGUGAACAUGUGUUGUAUGAUCUUUGAUUUCACUGACCCAACAAAAACCCUCAAAGAAAAAGAGAUAAAGCGACAAACUCUAUUAGAAUUAGUCGAUUUCGUGGCUUCUAGCAAUGUUAAGUUCACAGAAUCGGUUAUGCAAGAGUUUGUCAAGAUGGUUUCUGCUAAUUUGUUUAGAGAACUCACUCCUCAACCCCGCGAUUGCAAAAUCUUGGAAUCUUAUGAUUUGGAAGAGGAAGAACCGUCGAUGGAUCCAUCUUGGCCCCAUUUGCAGAUCGUCUACGAGCUUCUUCUCAGGUUUAUCGCAUCCCCAGAAGCAGACGCGAAAAUAGCAAAAAAGUACAUUGAUCAUUACUUUGUUCUCAAGUUGUUAGAUAUGUUUGAUUCCGAAGAUCCAAGAGAACGCGAGUACUUAAAGACUAUACUUCACAGAGUUUAUGGUAAAUUUAUGGUCCAUCGGCCGUUCAUUAGGAAAUCUAUCAACAAUAUCUUUUACAGAUUUGUUCUUGAGACCGAAAAGCAUAAUGGGAUUGCGGAACUUUUGGAGAUUUUAGGAAGUAUCAUCAACGGAUUUGCUUUGCCUUUGAAGGAAGAACACAAAUUGUUCCUCUCUAGGGCUUUGAUCCCAUUGCACAAACCGAAAUGUUUAGCAAUGUAUCAUCAGCAAUUAUCGUAUUGUAUCACGCAGUUUGUUGAAAAAGAUUGCAAGCUAGCCGAUAUGGUAAUAAGAGGGUUAUUGAAAUAUUGGCCGGUUACAAAUAGUUCGAAAGAGAUCAUGUUUUUAGGGGAGUUGGAGGAGGUUCUUGAAGCAACACAACAACCGGAGUUUCAUCGUUGUAUGGUGCCUUUAUUUAAGCAAAUCUCCCGUUGCUUGAACAGUUUGCACUUUCAGGUGGCAGAAAGGGUUCUAUUUUUCUGGAACAACGAUCACAUCGAGAGUUUGAUAAGACAAAACCGCAAGGUAAUACUACCCAUAAUCUUUCCAGCACUCGAAAGAAACGGGCGAUACCAUUGGAAUCAAGCUGUGCAUAGUUUGACUUUAAACGUUCGGAAAAUCUUCUUCGAUCUCGAUCCCGAGCUGUUCAACGAGUGUUUGCUCAACUUCCAAGAAGACGAAGCGAAGGAAGAGAAGAUGAAAUCGAGACGCGAAGCCACGUGGAAACGGUUAGAAGAAAUAGGUGCAGAUACAGCUUCAAGUAAUGAAGCUGUUCUUGUGCAUUAGGGAUUGAAUCCUUGUAAUCCCAUUUGGAAGAAAAAAAGCUACAAAUUUCUUGUAAAUUUCAGUUGUUUUGAUGGUGUUGUAGGACAACAAUGUGUCAACUUUAGUUUCAUAAACUAGCUAAAGCAAUGCAUUUUGAGCAAGUUUUCUUGCUCUUAUAUUG